AUGAGCAAUAUCAUCACAUUAAACACCAACUUCAUCUUGUUUGAUCUUGAUGGAACGUUAGUCAAUUCUACCGCGGCCGUGGAAAAGAGCUGGGAACAUGAAGUAGAAGUGCAUAACAAACAACACCCAGAUGCAAAACUCGAUUUGCAAACGUUGUUAUUUGAGUGCCAUGGCCUGCGAACCGUGGAGACAUUCACCAAGAGCUUUCCAGAGAAAUUGCCUGUGAGUCAAAAGGACAUUGACAUAUGGGAACUGGAGAUUGUGCGUAAGUACGGCGAUUUAGGUAAACCUAUUCCUGGAAGUGUUGCAUUUCUUGAAAGUUUGAAUGAGAAAGGUGCGAAGGAUAGUUGGGCGAUUAUUACUUCAGGAACUCAAGAAUUAGCUUAUGGUUGGUACAAUAGACUAUUCUCUUCUAUUCCUCGUCCGAAAAUUUUCAUUACUGCACAUGACGUUUCUAACGGUAAACCUGAUCCAGAAGGAUAUUAUACUGCAUUCAAGAAAUUGAUUUCCCUUAACAAUAUAGUGGUGGGUGUAUCCCGUCCCAAGGCAAUUGUAUUUGAAGACGCGCCUACCGGGGUUAAAAGUGGUGUCAAUGGUGGGUUCUUGGUUAUUGGAAUUGCCAGUACAUUCUCGAAAGAAGUAUUACUUAAGGCGGGUGCUACUUAUGUCAUCGAAGAUUUCUCCAAGGUGUCCUUGAUAGAAUCUGAUGAUGCUGACGAAGAUGAAUACUCUCGUCUUACAGUUAGUUUAGAAAUUUUGUAA